AAUCUCCAUCAGGUCUGCAGCCGCCACAGCUCUGGAUUUUCACCAUGAGGAUGAAGAUGGCCCUGGUUUUCCUGCCGUUUCUUCUCUUCUCCUCUGUUUCCAUGAAUCAGAUGGACUCAGACAGAAAGAUCUCCGCUGUCCAUCCUGAGGAGAACGUCCACACUGCCCUGGCAAAGACGGCCGCUGCCCUGGCUGCCCUGAAGAGCAAAGUCUCUGUUCUGGAACAGGAGACUGAAGAAAAAGGAGAAAAACUGGAGAAUGUGACGACCUGGAGGGAGCAGCAGAAGGAUGAAAUAUCCACACUGAAGAAUAAGAUUGAAGAACAGGAGUGGAAACUUGUCCAGGCGGAUGCUCAUGAGAAGGAUCUGAUUUCUCUGGUGGACAAGCUAAAGCAGCAGCUUAACGUUUCAGCCAACAAAGUGGCUUUUUCAGCCUCUUUGUUGGCUCAGGGUUCUGGAAGUACUGAACGCUCCGCCUUUAGAGACACCACCUUGGUCUUCAAGCACGUCGUCACAAACAUCGGAGACGCCUACAACCCGCAUACAGGAGUUUUUACAGCCCCACUGAGAGGAGCUUACCACUUUGAGUUGUACAUCGCCGUCAACAAAGGUGAAUACGCGAUAACCACGUUGAUGAAGAAUGACUAUGACGAGUUUUUCACUGCAAGGGAGUCCGGGAGUUUAGGCUAUGAAAGUGCGUCUAACAGCGUCUCGCUGCUGCUGGAGGCCGGAGACAUUGUGUCUGUCCGUUUGUUUUGCAACAAAGUGGUCCACGAUGAUGAAAGCCACAUCUCCUCCUUCAGCGGUCAUCUGCUGUUCCCAAUGUGAGACAGGAUAACCAGCGCUAACGAGACGCUAACCUCAGCCAGGGCCGUCUGGUUUCAGGUCAUCCAUGAUCAUCUGCCUGUCAGGCUGUAGAGUGAAGUCUCUAAAAGCUAAACUAUUCCUAAUCUGCAUCCAGAUGAUCAGAUUUCAUCUGUAAAUCCUGAUUUCUUCCUGUUCAGAUGUGCAACAUUUCCUUCUCUUCUGUUUGGGUUCAGAUAAUAAAGCGUAUCAAAGCA